AUGACCUCUAAUAUAGUGAAAUCCGUCAAUGCAGUCACAAAAGCAGCAAAGAGCUAUCCUAUUAUAGCGUUGUUGGAUUCAUUGCAACAAACAAUACAAUCUUGGUUUUGUAAGAACAAAGACAUGGCAUAUGGCACAUUCACAAAGUUGUCCACCAAGUACGAGAAAAUAAUGAGAGAAAUGAGCACAUCUUUGAGGAACAUGAGGGUAUCUCCAGCAAACCAAACAAUAUUUUCGGUUGUUGAUGAGGGAUCAUCAUUUGUCGUUGAUAUAGAGAAACGAACUUACACAUAUCGAAUACUUCAAGUUGAUCAGAUGCCAUGUUCACAUGCAUUGGCUGUAAUAGAAACAACAACUAAAUGGGAUCCGUACAAUUAUUGUUUGUACUUCUAUACUCGUGAAACAUACAUGAAUGCAUACCACUGCACAAUAAACCCAGUGGGGAAUUCAAACGAGUGGAUUGUGCCCCGAAAGUUGAAGACGUAA